GCAUGGAACACACAUACGUUAUUUGCACAGCGCAGUGUCUGCUUUGCUCGGUCGCAGUUUUCCUUUCACCACCACCACAUGUUGACGCAUGCGUUUGUUAGGUUAGACACUCUUGAGUCAACUCAACACAGUCUGUGAAAAUGCCAGUUCUACAAAGAAUUAAAAAACCAACCACCCACAAGGGGAAAAAAGUGUUGCUCUCCAAAGAACCGCAAGUCAUUGAAAACACUAAGCAAACUUUCCUGUUAAAGGGCAGAAAGACUGGAGGAAUCAUAAAUGAUUGUCUUAAAGAUUUUUUCUCAUUGAAGAAACCUGAUGCAGUUAUGCUGUCCCAGAAAAAUGACAUCUUACCGUUUGAAGAUGCCUCUUUUCUGGAGCAGUCCGGAAAAAAGAGAGAUGCCAAUUUGUUUAUUUUUGGAUCUCAUACUAAAAAAAGACCCAAUAAUUUGAUAAUAGGAAGGUUAUAUGAUUACCAGCUGUUAGAUAUGGUUGAACUAGGGGUUGAAAAUUUUACUUCAAUGAUAGAGUUUAAAAAUGAAAAGGUUGGUCUUGGUUUGAAGCCUUGUCUGGUGUUCAAUGGAGAUCUGUGGUCACAGCACCAUGAGUACCAGCGAUUAAAAAAUCUGUUAGUAGACUUAUUCCAUCGGGAAACUGCAAGUGCUGUGAGACUUCAGGGUAUUGAACAUGUCAUAGCUUUCACAGCUGUUGAGGGCAAGAUUUAUAUGAAAAGCUAUAGAAUCUUGCUGAAGAAAUCUGGACAGAGAACUCCUCGUAUUGAACUUGAGGAAAUUGGCCCUUCUGCUGAAAUGAAACUUAGGAGAACAAAGCUUGCAUCUGAUGACCUACUCAAAACAGCAUGCAAGCAACCGAAAGAACUCAAGAUCAAGAAGAAGAAGAAUGUUACCAAGGACAAUUUGGGCACCACACACGGGCGUAUUCAUGUUCCCAAGCAGAAGAUUGACAAGCUACAGACCAGAAAGAUGAAGGGUCUUAAGAAAACUUCUGCUGAGAGAAAAGAGGACAGGGCUGCCCUGAAGAAGAGAAGAGCUGAACAAGAAGCCAGUGGCAUUAGUACUAAACGCUUACGCUCACAAUCGUGAGAAAAUCAUAGUUAAUAAGGUAAAUGUUUGGAAUCUGACCGUGAUUAAAGAAUUGAGUAGAUUACUCUCUUUCA